AUGGGCUGGGGCAAGGGCAAGGGCCACCAUGCCGCCGUGGUUGCUGCCGAAGCAGCCCUGGUAGGGGGUGCCAUUGUCGGCACAGCUGCAGUCGCAGCAGCCGCAUCCCGCCCGCGCCCGGCUCGGCGCACUGAGGUUGUGGUGGUUCAAGGCGCGCCUGCGCCUGCUGCGGCGCCGCUUGUGGUCGUGCCCAGCAAGGGCAAAGGCAAACGCAAGGGCAAAGGCAAAGGCAAGGGGAAGUGGAAAAGCGCUGCGGAGAUCCCUGCCCUGGGGAUUGCGGCGAUUGGCAUCCCAGCCACCAGCAUCGAGCGGCAGGCAGGCGUGACAUUCUUUGGCAUCGAUGUGCUCGCAGAGG